UGAUCCAAGCGGCAGCAGUAAAAGGAUGAACUCUACUUGCGUCAUAUCAUAUGCUCGCCGUGUUUCAUGUGUAAUGAGUGAGUACAAAGGAAGCAAUGCUCGCCGAUUGUGAGUGAGACCUCUCGGAGCCAAAGUGGGCCGCUUCUGGGACGUGUUUCGGGCGAGGGCCGCCGAGAGAAGAGACGACGGGUGCAGAUCAGUAUGGGUUCUGAGAGAUCGAGGUAAAUCCACCAUACCGACCAAAGCCAACUUGUCCUCCCUCUGCAAGUAUAAUGUGAAUAAGAUUGGGCACUGAUCCUGCAACUAGGUUUGCCGAAUGUGGUUGGGAUCGAAUGGCCCCAGCCAUGAAGCUGACCACUUCCCUCUUCCCUUUCUCGGAUUAUUUGAAACUGAACUCAAAAUUUUUGCGAAUUGGCCCUCCCUUGAUGAAUGCGAUUUUGGCUUCCCUCUUCCUGAUCCUCAUUUCAAAAAAUGCCUACGCCCAGGACUCAGACAACGCACCAGAGCUGUGCAUUGUUCGCGCCCUGGACAACAGGCACGUGUCCCCCUGGCUUAGCCAACCACGGCGAACCCCUGGCUGCUCGAGCCACGGCCAGCUAGGCGCUGACGGCACCGAGGUGCAUGUCAUUCGCGCCCUGCUGGACAAGGGGUCGCAGCUUUUGCGGCCACCAAUGGCCGCUGGUCUCAUGCCCAUCGACCUACUGCUGGACUCGACAGAUCACAACUCGUCGACUAACCCCAUCGCACUUAUCCUCAGCUCGGAUCGACCAGUUCUGUGGCGCAUAUCUGGACAAGGUUUACCUAGUGGCAGAUCGCACUCGGUGGUCGUUUGCAAGGAGUGUCGCGUGGAGAGUGGGAUUAGCUUGCAAGUAGAAGGCAAGGACUGGCAGAGCAAGAAGGCCCUGGUGCGGUACACCAAGAAGAAUUGGGGCGCCAUCACUUCCUUCACGGAGGUGCGCGGCGCCAACAAGUUAGAGUUGAUGAUCGGCUUUGGAGUGCCAGGCGAGCGGAGCUCAGAAUGCGACACCAACAGCAACCAGAUGAGCCCCGUGGCUUCGGCCACCGCAAUUGUGCCCCAGCAGGCACUCGGCUGCUUCAACGGCGAUCUUGUCGGGACGAGCUAUGGUGACGUUUACGUUGUCGAGAUUGUCCACCAGGAAAUGAUUCGACACCAAGAGAUAAUGCCCCCAGUGAAAGUCAGUUUGCUAGGAGAGAGCAAAAGGCCUGUGCUGAGAAACAUCACCCUUUUUCUGAAGGCGCACAGACCUACCAAGUGGCAGCUCAUUUCGCACGGAAUUGACGGAAAAAUUAUUGUCAUUAGUGACCAACAAGUUGAGAAUUCAGACAUGGAGGAAAACCAGAGCAUUGAGGUGCGAAACAAAGAGCUGCCGGACAGGAUGGACGACUUGCUCUUGUCUGCGAUAAAUUACGGACCGUUAGUGUUGUACGCCAGGACCGAAAGGGCUUCUGGGUUUGAAGUGAUUGUGGCAAACACCAAAGAUGCUGAAGAUGAGCAAUUGAGUGGCGAUAUGGCUGGGGAGGACAAAAUCACAGAUGCCAGCUCGAUGGUCAAUCCCCAGCAAGUUACGAUGCAGCACAAUGUUUUGAGGUCGACGGUUGUCAGCAGUUUGAAAAGUGACGAGCAACACCACCAGCUCAUUGACGACCUGCGCCGAGAGAUAACUGUCAGUUGCGAGCCGAAAAGAAUGAACAUCAGCUUCCCCAAAACGUUGAUGUCCAAGCUUGGAGUUAGGUCGAUUGCCCUCAACAACCCCUCCUGUAGGUCGCAAUCCAACGACACACACAUUUGGCUGAGCACCCACAUCACAUCUUGCAACACCUUGAGCAGCAGUGAGAACGAUAAAACGGUUUACUCAAAUGCUGUUCACUUCAAAUUUGGAAUGGACGAAGUCUUGGACACAGAGAGUGAUGACGAAGACCAGGAAGACGAUGACAAAAAAUUGCGAGUGGUCUGCAAGUACAUCUCAAAAUUCCCAGGACAGAUUUCAGUGAUCUAUGGCGGUAUAGAUACCGAUGACGAACCGUCUGAGAGAUUGGAUGGCCCAAGCAGGAGCAGCAACGGUCACAACUUGUACAUGAUGGAACUCUACAAGGAUAGAAACCACUCUGACUUGUUAUCGUUUGAUUUUGGGCCUAGUCUUGUGACGUAUGACGACAAAAUUUUUGUCAGGACAUGGAUUGAAAGCGGUCUGCCAAUUCAAGUGGUACCCGAGAAGUGCUGGAUUUCCAACAGCUCCGAUUACCGUGCCACAAGAUCCGGAACAAUUUACUUGGUCAAAAAAGCUUGUGCUGCAGAUCUCUCGGUCGACGUUGAGGACCAUUUCAGCGAGAGGUCAAAGCAUCGACACGGAGGCUUCAACUUCCAGGUCAACCGAGCCUAUUCUGAAAUGAACCUUUUGUACCUGCACUGUGCACUGGGAUUGUGCACUCACAAACCAGAACACGCAAGAGGCAAUCUUUUGAUCUGUGCCAACCAAGCGUUGAAUUGCUUCAAAGGGGGCAUGGACUAUUUUUCCUCGACUGCACAGCAAAUUAUCACCAGGGGCCCCAUCAAACUUGUACCUCGAAAGGCAAAACCAAUGCAACCUCAUGGCAUGGCACCAACUGGCAUGCCACCAGUGGACCCAGUCGGCCUGCCAGUUUCCCCCUACAACGGUUUGGCCACGAAAACUCCAACUGUUCAACACACACCUGUGCCUGAGACGAGAACAACCUCUGUUAACCCAGGAAAUAUCUCAACAGAGAUGGCUGCCGUUAUUGCCUUGAUCGCGUUCUUGAUCGGUGUUGUGGUUACUGGUGCCAUGUGGUUCAUUCAUGUGAAAACAGACCCGUAUCGAAACGGCCGCAAGGGACACCAGCAGCCAGCAAUUCAGACAGCUUCCCAGCAGCAAAGGUCAUCGCCAGCGCUGGGUAUGAACGGGCAACAGGCGAGUAGUGCUGCUAUCUGAUAAGGGCAACUGCGUGACAACUGUUCUCAAAAGUACUACUUCGUAUUUAUUUUAACUACCUCGAGAGCUCACCGAGUAAUUAUUAAGAAUUUUUGCUGAAAAAUUACGUGUACUUGGGACAGCUCAAAGCUUGGCUAAAUCCUAAAUAGUAUUUAUUACUAAUGAGCGUAAAGUGUAUAGGUUUUGACAUUUUGAUGGCUGAAAGCCUGUUUAUGUGACUCGACCAUUAGUUCUGGAUUUUAGCCACACACACACCUCUCAACUGCCAUAAUAUUUUACAUUCUGAUUUGUGUACAGACACAGAGAGCCACUUAAAAUUUAAUUUUUUAUGUUGUUUAUCCUACACACUAUUCCUCCAUUCUACCUCUAUUAUUUUUGAAUUUCUGCAAUUUUAAGUCCUACACAUCACACACUUUUGCAUUUACAUUUUACACAGAUGUUUUUAAGUAAUGUUUUAUGCAGAUUUUACUUGUCAAUGCCGUUCCCGUGCGUGAUUCAAUUUCCAUUUUCAGAAGCACAUUCCUCCAAGCCUUGUCCUAUUUAAUUUAAGUUGUUUUUUAUCUACUUAUUCAUCCUCCCUCACGCACCGACGUGUUUUAAUUAUUAUUUUCCGACGAGACUUGAAUUCAGAAAAAGCAAGGAAGGAAAUAUAUUACCUCAUUUGUUAAUCCACAUUUGCUCAAGAUGGUUUCUAACCGUGUGUAUUAAAAACACUACUAUGUACUACUAAUACUAUUUACAGCGUGCUUUAAGUCAGCCGAAGCCUUGCUAGUCGAAUUAAAAUACGACAAACACUUGGCUGAACAAAGCAAACCAACAAACAUUCUCACAUUUUGUAAAUGAUGGUGCCACAAAAUCGCAGGUUAUAGAUCAACUAAAAUCUCUUUUUUCACUUCUCUCUUACUCUUUCACUCUCUUGCAAAACAGUUUUUAAAGGGAAAAAACUCUUGAAACACAACACAACUUCAUUCAAGAAUUAAAAAAAAAAAACAGAUGAAUUGUAUUAUUAAAGGCUGAUAACAAAGAAACAAGAGAUGAUGAGAAUUUCAUAAAAAUACAAAAUAGACUGAUACAUGUACGAGGAUACCACAAGAUACAUUAUUAAGUUAUAUUUUACUAUAUGGUGUACAAAUGGUAAGCAGUGAUUGUACCUUGCUUAAUGGUUUUUGUACACUGACCAGUUUUUAUAAUUAUUAAAUAAUCAGUUCACGUUAGAAUCUUGUUAGUGCUGCUGAAACCGUAACAAAACAAAAAAACAAUAUUUCACCGCAGCUCUUGUACUCGGCAGGGUUGCUUACAGAUUUAAGUUAAUGACAUUGUUUUUCAAUGAUUGUCUACUCGUGUAUUGGUUACUUUUAACUGGGAAAAAAAUAGUAACUCCUUCAGUCUAGUGUUGACAAAUGAAAUCAUCUCUCCAACCAAGUAUUGUUGGCAGUUUUCGGGCUGAUUAAAAACAUUUGAAUAAUUUCUGGAACGCCAAUAUACGAAACCAAAAUACAGAAUGCAUCAUACAUACACACUAACAAAUAACACACCGUCACUUGCAAGCAUAUUAAAGUUGCGAAAAAAUUAAUAUGAUACCGGCAGCCUGAAGUUAAAACAGCGCCUUCAAAAAUUCCUGUUUAAAGAAAAAAAUAUAGCCCGUAACUUCAAACGAUAGUAAUAAAAGUUUACGAGGAUGAAAACGGGGUACGUUCCUUGGUGUUUCUGCUAACGAAUAAACAGUGCAUUUCUCCGUUUUUAAUGUUAAACAACAAUCGUACCUGGUGACUAUUACAUUAAGAGGAUUACCUAGGCAAACGCUCGUUUAACGAAACUGAUAACAAACAAAAAAUAUUGUCCAGUGGUGCGGAGAUUACGAGAUGAAAUAAUCUGACUUUGCACUAUGCUAAUGCAAAAUAUUUGAUUUGAAAUUAAAACUUUUCACAAAUCUUAAAAAUUCUAUCCAGAAAAAAAAUAGUAUCCCUCGCUAUACGAAGUAUUUUCUAAAAAUGGUUGAAAUCUAUAACGGGGCAAAGAAGUUCUUGGGGUGAGAAUUGCAUUGUUACUUUUUGCCAAAAGUAACUAAAUAGCUACUUAAAAAAAAGAUCCACCUCAAGGGUGGCAGUGGCACAACCCAUAAGCUAACUAUAGUGGCAGGUCCUUUACCGAAGUUAUUUUCCGAUUGUGACGUCACUUAAUUUUUUUUAAGCGUUGAAAGUAAGACGUUUUCUCAACAAAACACUCAGGGUCUUGUAUAAAGCAUAGUUAUAUUUUUAUUUUCAUUAAUUUACUUUUUCAUCUUUGAUGGUUAGAUUUAGGUGGAUUUGUUUUAAAUUUGUAGGUCUACUCAUAAUUUGUAACGACACAGACGAGAAUUGCCGCGUCAGAGGAGCACUGAAAGAUCCAAUGAGAGAGCAUUCUUUCGCUGCUGCCAUAUUAUUUCUGAUUUCAAACCAAUUUUAUGAUCUUUCAUGACAUGCACCUACGUACAAGGGUGCCGAGUAGGGAUUUUAUUUAAUUUGCAAGUAUUUUUCGUCCGCGUUGAAUCUUGUGGAUUAAUAUUUUUCGCUUUUCAAAAUUAAUUAGCACAUUAAAUCAAAAGCGAAACAUUCAAGCAAAAGCAAAAUUUAUCGAGAAGCAGCGAGGCUCGCUUUUGGGUCACCAAAGCAGAGCGGCAAAAGCACGGUUACAUAUUAGAGUACUUUAACCAUGUAUUUGUACCAGUUGUGGAAAGUAACUAUUAUUUAAGUGUGUACCGACGGGAGAAAUAUAUUUAUCGUGAUUGAUGGUGGUUAGCGUGUAAACAAUUGAUAGGUCGUAGUUUGCGCUACGAUUCAAGCCAAGGAGGGGCUCCAUACCAAAUUCAUAGGCGUUAAACAUGAUUAAUUAAAUCUUCAAAUUAAUUAAUUAGACGAUUAACUAGUUAUGGUUGUAACCCAUAAGAUUUUAAAGGUGUGUAAUGGAAAGUGGAAACAUCUUGCAAAAGGAGGCGCAAAUUAUAUUUAAGCUUCUCAAGAAACUGCACGCAAAAAUGGUAGAGAACAAAAUCUCAAUUUAGAGAGCAUUCGCGUAAUUAUUUUUAAAUAUCACGUAUUUACGCAACGCUAUUUACUAUGUGGUACAUAAUAUUUAGAAAUCAUGUAAAGAAAUUUUGAAAAUUACUACGCCCUUACAAGUAAAAAACGCUCUUUUGGUAGAUAUUUUUGAUCAAUAAGUCGAGCUUAUUCUUGAAAAUCAAUUUUCAUCGGCACUGCUGGCAGUUAUUUUGAUAAGUAACAAAUUUUUUUUUGUAUCUACGUAGUACGUAGAUUUGUUUCUAAGAAAUUGGCUGAGCCUUUUUUUACAUUUUUAAGAUUUUUACUAUUGAAAAUUCGUCUCCGAGAGACACAUUCUAAAAAUCGAUAAUGAUUUACAAAAAUUUCGAAAAUUCGGCUGGUUCCACUUUUCACACUUAUAUUCUAGUGAAAAAUACUUUUAAGUCUUAAUUAUCUACUCGUGUAAUUUUUAUCAUUUAAAAAAGCGUUCAUAAUUUCGAAAUUCACAUUUCGGUUUCGUUAGUAAAACAAACAAACUGAAAAAAUUCAAAGCCCUCCUCCUUAACGCAAACAUUGAGCGAGCUGGAAAGAAACAACAAACAGACAGGAUCCCAAGUCAGUGUCUUGAAUGAGUGUACUUUGAAUGCGGAUGCGAACUUGCAGGCGGGUGGGUCAGUUUCCUGCUGCAUACAACAUUUUUUUAGGUGCAGUGCAGGAACUGCGAGAAUCGCGGACAAUUUUACUUUUGAGACUAAAAGACUGAAGAAGAUCGUGCAUAUGCGAGACGGGUGCAUAAAAUUUUUGAGUGAAAGUAUCGAGCGAAUGCGAAACAAACGUAUGCACUCUGUGCCAGAUUUUUUUAACACAUUCAGAAGAAAAAAAAAAUAUUGAUGCUGCAUGAUCAAAUGGAAUGCAACAUAUAUAGAGCACACAAUAAUGAUAGGAGAAAUUUUGGUGGCAAAGGAAUUUUUAAAAAUACACAAGCCCGUAAAAACAAGAUAUUUUUAAUAUUUCAAGUAAUUUGCGCGAUCGCAGGAAUAAUUUUUUUAAACGAAUGUCAAUGUUGAAAGUCGAUUUUGUAUAUGUUGUGCGUGUCAUUUGUGUACUAGAGUAUUCAGCAAUCCACUGCAGAGAAAAAAAUUCACACACUAAAAAAAGGGGUAAAUUAUUUCACGAAAUUUCUGAUAGGUAGUGCCAAAUUAAGCUUCCUGGGGGCAAUUUCGUUUCUUCGCAUGUCUGUGGUGGAUUCGUGUAAAUGUGAUUUGAAUCACGGAAAGAUGUACUGCGAAAAAAUUUCUUACGUGACACACUCAAACACAAGAGGUGUAAAUAUUUUAAUUAUUAUGCAAUGAUCUUAAGGGGAUAAUAUUGAUACUGAGAGUGAGAUCUAACAUUAAUAAUUGAGAGUUAAAUAUUCAGGUGCGUGCUGCCAAAAAGUAAUUAAAAACAACUACAAGUAAUGUAUAUGAAGCAGAAAAGAAUGAAUUAAAUCUUCUGCGUCGGGUUGGUUGUGGUCGCGGUUGCACGUUGGUUGGUGGUUUGAAUGAUUGUGAAGGUCUUUGCGAGAGUUAGUCAAAAAAGCGCCAAAUUCAGAAUUCAAAUCGUAAUAUUAUAUUCUUUAACGAAGGCAAUCGGAUUUGAGAAUUUGCGCCUUUUUGUGCGUUUUUAAAAUUAUGACACUGGAAAUUAUAACGUUUGUGUAGAACUUGGGAAUCUGAAACGAACAAAAAAAAAUAUAUCUUUCGUUGCGUUCAUUGAAUUAAAAGAAUUUGUACUAUAUAUUGUUGUUUUUCGAAGCGAAAUUAAUUGAACCAUUCGAUCCACAUGCUUUUGUGGGACUCGAACAAACCCUUGCAAAACCAUGAAAAAAAAAUUUCACAUUCCCUUGAUCGGAUCAAUCUUCGUAGACUUCGCAAAAUGAACUUUUUAAUUGGUGUUUUUAAUCAAUCGAAUCAAUAGAAGAAUUGUCUACACUUUGAAUUUUAAAUAAGAACAUUAGUGAUUGUAAACUGGAUACUGUAUGCAUAUUAUUAGUGUAAGAAAAUCAGAAUCGAUCAAACAGCCUCCUCAGCAAUAACGUGAGAUGUGUACAGGUCGCGAGCGCGCGAGACUCGAUCUGAGUUUCGUUCGACGCACCUCGGAUGCUGUUUGGGUCGCUCCGAUUGAUCCGUGUGUAUUAAGCAGGAAAAGAAAGCACUGGCUGAGAAACAAAGACAAAGUUGUAAUACCAAAAUCCGGCAGCGAAUAUGAAACCAAAAAAUUAUAAUUCAACCCCGCUGUUAAUUUUACCUGAAGCGAAAAACCAACUUGUUUUUAUUUAAUUCAAAACGACAGAGCACGCACAAGGACGAGCUGUACGCGCGUGUGUGAAUGUCUUCUUGUACUCUGAUAAAAAAAAAGAAGAAUAAACGAUUGAAAACCAGCAUUCAUUGUUUUGCUGAUGCUGUUGUCUCCUUGGGAAUCGAAACCCACGUUACAAAAUGCAUACAUUACGUGUACAAUACAAACAAAAAUAAAAAUGUCAACAGUAAUUUCA